UUGCAGCAUUAGGAAGGUUGAGAACUACUGUUCUAGACACUAAACUUUUAUUGAUUCAGCCUAGAAUUGCAUUGGCUUUCUUAGCUGCCUCAUCACAUUGCUGACUCAUUUUCAGCCUGUGUUUCACCUGUAUCCCUUUAGCAUAUUUCACAUUUAAAAGGGUGUCCAACGGCUUUAUUUCUUCAAUGAAGAAAAAAAAUGUCUCACACUGGAUGAUGUUCAGACUUUGAUGAGUCUUCAGGGAACACUUCCAAAGUUGGGAGGAGCCCCUAUAUUUGCAGAGAGCUUUGUUAGUUCCGGAACUUGAACUAUGCAGUUACAGUAUUUGUGGUGGUAUCACUUUCCUCCCUUCUCAUUGCCUCUUCCUUCUUUUUUCUUACACAAUUUUCAUCAAAAGAUGUACUCCUGAACACAUUUACCACCAAGUAAGUCCCAGUACAGGUUUUAAGAAGGAAUACAACAUUUUUGAGGCAAAUUUUGCCUGGCUCAAUGUACUUAAUCUAAUGUCCUUAACCAAACUGUUUCUAUUGAAUGAGACAGAGCUUACAUUAUCAGCAAAUUAUCAAGGCAGUUCAAUAUUGGUGUAAAAAGAUUCUCUUUCUUUCUUUAAACCCUGUUUGUCAUAGUGAAGAGCAAGAUGAACUACAUGGUCAAGAUUCAGACGUACAGGAUCGACGGGAUAAUAGGUGCAAAGUCAAAUGGUCACGUGAAGAGGAUGAGCUGUUGAAUUCACUGGUGACUCAGUUUGGACAUGAUUGGAAGUUUCUAGCAAGUCAUUUUCCUAAUCGCACUGAACAGCAGUGUCAAUACCGCUGGCUCAGGGUGCUAAAUCCUGUCCUGGUGAAAGGCCCUUGGACAAAGCAGGAAGAUCAGAAGGUUAUUGAAUUGGUGAAAAAGUAUGGCACAAAGCAAUGGACACUUAUAGCCAAGCACUUGAAAGGCCGGCUAGGAAAGCAGUGUCGUGAACGCUGGCACAACCACCUAAACCCUGAGGUGAAAAAGUCAUCCUGGACAGAGGAGGAAGAUCGUAUAAUUUGUGAGGCUCACAAAGUUCUGGGGAACCGAUGGGCUGAGAUUGCAAAAUUGCUGCCUGGCAGGACUGACAAUGCUGUGAAGAACCACUGGAAUUCCACAAUCAAAAGAAAAGUAGACAUAGGAAGCUUUCUUAAUGAAACAAAAGAACCCAAGCCCCUCUUUUUAUUGGUGGAGGUGGAAGACAAGGAAAGCCAAAAUGUACAGGAAGCUGAAGACCAGCAAACCUUUGUUACCAACUGGCCUGUUCAUAGUUUGGAAAUCAAAGAGGAGGAAGCCACUGAAGAUGAGCCAGUUGGCUUGCAAAUGUCUUCAGAGCAGCUCCCUGAAAGCCUAGCAGAGGACAACAAAGGAGCACCGGAAAACACAGUGCCUGAUGAUGCGCUGGAGGAAGAUUCUUCUGCUUACACAUGGGUGGUUGAAGGAGGCAGUUACUUGUCCAUUUCGUCAGUUCCAGCAAUUACAGAAGCUCUCGACAUGAUUGAAUCUGACCCAGAUGGUUGGUGUGAUCUGUCUCAGUUUGACCUUCCUGAUGAUCUGUCUGCAAGUAACAGCAACAGCCCAGAUAGACAGACAUCUAUCAAACCCUACUCCUCACAGAAUGUGACAGAGUACCGUUUGGAUGGCCAUACCAUUUCGGAUCUGAGCAAAGGCAGCAAGGGCGAGCUUAUCCCCAUUUCUCCCCACACAGAUAUGAGCUUUGGAACACCACCUUCUGUACUUAAACGGCAGAAGAAGAGGAAAAUUAGUCUCUCGCCAGUUUCAGAAGGUGGCACCAGUACCAGCCUCUCUUUCCUAGACUCCUAUAAUAGCAUGACACCUAAGAGCACUCCUGUCAAGAGCACCCCUGUCAAGACAUUGCCAUUUUCCCCAUCCCAGUUCCUGAAUUUCUGGACCAAACAGGACACACUGGACCUUGAGAAUCCUUCUUUAACUUCUACCCCUGUCUGCAACCAGAAGGUGAUAGUGACUACCCCGUUACACAGAGACAAAACACCGUUAGUCCAGAAAAACUCUGCGUUUGUGACCCCUGAUCAGAAAUAUAUAGCAGACAACACACCUCAUACACCCACACCUUUCAAAAAUGCUUUAGAGAAAUAUGGACCAAUGAAGCCUUUGCCACAAACUCCUAAUUUGGAAGAAGAUUUAAAAGAAGUACUGAGGAGUGAAACUGGCAUUGAGCUGAUCAUUGAAGAUGAUGUGAAGCCAGAGAAACAGAAGAGGAAACAGGGCAUGCACAGGAGUCCCAUUAAGAAGGUCAGGAAAUCUCUUGCAUUAGACAUUGUGGAUGAAGACUUGAAGAUGACAGUUUCGACCAUGACCAAACCUGUUUGCUUUAAAAGAACUCAGGGGAACCAGUCUGUGAACUUCCUUUCGCAGUCCCUAAACCUUUCUCUGUCAAACAGCAAGAGUAACACCAGCUUGCUCAACAGAGGGUUUGUGCGCAUCAAGGCAGAGAAGACUGCAUCUUCCAAGAGAAUCUCUAGCAAGUUCAGGCCACCUGCACUGAUGUCCAGUGCUUGGAAAACAGUGGCUUGCGGUGGUUCUAAAGACCAGUUGAUCAUGCAAGACAAAGCUCGACAGAUUUUGGGUGUGCUGAAACAGAACCACACAUCACGGACAUUGAUCUUAUCUUGAAGAACUCUAUGAACUUGUGUUGCUUUUCAUUUCUAUGUGGAACUGGCAGUAGGAAGAAUGAAAGGAUAAAAUACAAGACGCCUCUUGGCAAGAAGAUAUUUUUUCUUUAUUUGUUUUCUGAGGACUGAGCUCUGUAGUAAGUGUUCUUAAUAAACUGCUCCAUACUGCAGGUUCUAUGGAAGGUACAGAAAAUGAUGUACAGAAGAAUGAAUGUCAGCAUGGCUAGCAAGCCUUAAUUAUUCAAGUUGAACAUACCCACUCUUCUCCAUUAUUUUUCACUACUUCCCUUUUUUGUUUCCAGAAUGGAAACAAAGAUGCCUGUUUUUUUCUGACUUGCAGGCAAGACACAAUGGUUAAAUGGCAGAGGAAAAAACACAUAAACUUCUAGGUAGAAGGGGGAACGAAGUAUAAUUUGUAAAGUCACCAGGUCCCACUCUAUCUGGAUUAGGAUAGAAGGAAGUUGGAAAUCUAUGCAGUCUGCUCAAUGAACUAUGUGGACUGGAAUCUGGUCUGUUGCAUUAUGUAAGUGCAUACAUUGAUAACCUAAUCUGCAUUGCAAUUUACUGACAAUACAUUCAUUGCCUUUUAUUUAGAUCUAAUAUUGUUUGCCAAGUCUAUAGGUUGUGGCUUACUUUAGAUUGUUUUGUAUGUCCAAAUCCACCAGAUGGUGCUAAUGCCAACCCUCUAUUCCAGCUAUUCCAGCUCAAUCGCCUGAUUAGUUGUAAAGAACAGGCAAAAUAUGAAGCAUUGCUGGAGUGUUCUCAGCUAUUUUCUUUACACUUACACUGGUAGAAGGAGCUUGUGAGCCUGUGUGUAAAUUGCCUGUGCGAGUGAAGGUUUGGCACACCUCUCAGUAGGAAAGACUAUGCCCUGGAUAAGGUUAAUUGUUUUCCUGCUGUACUUGUUUGCUGCCUUAUUAAGGAGAGCUGCUGUAUAGCCUGGGCUGUACAUUAGUUCGAUAUAAUCCUCUAGAAGAAAUCCAAACAAAUACUCUUUUGCUGACCACAUCUGACAUGUGGUAAGAGUGCAACAGGUUUCUCAGUGUUAUACUACACAGCAGUUUACUGAUCAGAGGUUGAUAUUCAGAUGAUUGAUAUCACUGGUAUUGUCAGAUUAGUCCUACAGAAUGGGGUUAUUCUGAAAAUGAUGACAUCAACUGAACCAGUUCCAGGUCCUAGAAUGAUUCAGACCUGUGAUCUGUACAGCAAUCUGCCAUGCUUGAUAACUUUUCAUUAUACACUGACAGGCACUAUACACUUUUUAAGGUGAUAUCUGAAUGACAAACAUGUUUGCAAAUGCCAGCACUAUACUAGUACACAGGGACUGGUGAUUGGCUGCCAUAUCCCCUGUGAUCUACAUUGACCAACCCCAGGUUGAUGACCUCCAGAUGAUUUGAACUCUAGUUCUCAUCACUAGCCAUGCUGAUUGGGACUGUUGGGAGUUUGUAGUCCAAAACAUCUUAGAGGUCACUUACAUUGGGGAAAGGCUAGUUUACACUCAGUAGAAAACUCAGCCUCACCUCUGCUUAACUUAUGAAAUGACCUUAAACUGAUUGACCUCAGUAGUAGUAUAAAAUCAGGUUCCUCACCCUCUAGAGGACUGAGUGGAUACAGGGCUUCAAGACAUCACUCACAAGUCCUUGAAACUUUUAAAAGCAUGCCUGCAUCCUGCACAAUGUAAAUAACAAUGUUUUGUGAUUUGAAUAAUGUGUUGUCAUAAAAGUAGAGGAAACUCCUCGCUUGGGCAAGAUUCCCUUACAACAUACAUCCAGACUGGAAACAUUAAGCUUUUCUUAAAGCUUCUUUCUGCUCCCUUCCCUUACAAAUACCACUGAAACCAGCUAUAAAACAUAGGAUAGGGAAUAUGUGACUCCACAUGUUGCUGGAUUAUAGCCUCCAUGAUUUUUUGCUAUUGCCAUGUUGGCUAGGCCAAAAACAUCUGGACAGUCAUCCGGUAGCUCCUAUAAAGGUGACAGAAUGGUCACAUUGCAUUGCUAUGCUUACAGGGUUUAGAGCGGUUUGUGGGGUUUUUUUAAAAUUUAAAGUAUGUCUAGACAGAAAAGAUCUAUAUUAGCACAAGAUUUACAUCACACAGAGGUGUUGGAGAUUGUUUGUAUGCAGAUGACAGUUUGUGGGGAACAUGAGCUUUUCUCAAUAAGUCAUUUGGAUUAUUUUGCUGCUGCAAACCUUUUCUUCUUAAUGCCACAGGGUAUAUAAAGUCCUGGAUAUAACCUUAAAUAAAUUAUCAUUCAUUGUGGAAGUUGGUGGCCAAUUUGAUUUGGAGUUAGCUGUAAAUUAAAAGAUUAUGAUGGAAAUAUUAAAAGCUAUUUCUAAUCUCCUAAAUCUGAUUCUACCAGUGUGUCCUGCUAUGUGUUUAUUGCUUAUUAGGGAAGAUCUACUGUUGAGCAAAUUUCAGGGGAAAUGAGCAGAGAGAGCCUGGCUAAUGACAAAGACAAUUAACUUUUAAUUGGAAAGCUAAGACAUUUCCUGUCUGAAACACAUGCCUGGCUCUGUUAGUUCUGAGCAUACACCUGUAGAAUAGGUUAUAUCUUUGUGAAUCUGGGUGCCUGUAUUGUUGCAGAGAGAUACAGUUGAGAGAACAAAUAUGGUAAGAACAGAAAAUGAG